AUGGGUAAGAUAACGAAGCCGAUGCAGCCCAAGCACAAGGAGACUCUGUCUCCUUGGCUCAAGGAGUACGUCCAAGCUGCAUCUUCCGUAUCCUUGCCCCUCCUCCCCGAGCAUCUCAGCAAGUUUCCCUCGAGAUGGCCUUUUCCGCGGGGUGACCUUUACCACUGGAUACCAUUGCUCAACCGGUUCGACGGCAUCCUCGAAGCCUUCUGCGCGACGUACAGCCUCAACGACGGCCCUCAGAUGCGAGAUUUUGGAUGUGAUCUCCUCCUGAACAAGGGAGCCCCGGUUGAAUAUGGUGACGACCAAGCGUGGGACAUGGACCGCCUAGCAAAGCUGGGAUUUAAUCAAGAUGGAGACUGCCAGCUUAUUAUAGCCGUCUUGAAGUUCACCAGAAUGCUACUGGAACACUGCGGCAAUAGAAGCAUAUAUGCCAGCAGUGCCCAUCUGAAUGACCUCUUGAACAGCGCAUAUCUCAAUGUCGUCUAUGCAACACUUGAGGUCGGUGUGGAGCUGGCCCAGCGAUACCAGGCCUCGGUCAAGCGCAUGACCUCGCCCUCACGCCAGGUGAGCAAUGCUCUGCUGGCUAACCACUACAACAUCGAGCUCGAGAAAGUGCAGCACCUGGCCCAAUCCUUCGUAAAAACUCCCAUCGCCAAAUUUUCUGAUCACCCGCCUACCACACCAGCCUCUACUGGCAAGGGGAAGGACAAGUUGUCACACGGCGCCGCCCACAAGAACGUCGCAUCCAUGUAUGCCAAUGACUUGGUGUCCAUCGCCGCCCCUGGCCAGGUCGACGAGGGUCGUUGGAACGGUUGGGGAGACGUCAAAGUCAUCUACUAUCCGAAGUCCACCGCUACGGAAACCAUCGCACCCGAGGUCCCUGAGCGCGGGGCCAGUGGCAGUGGCAGUUCCUCGAUGCCUACAACCCCUACUCCGUUACGACGCAGCUCUACCAUGCCGUCGCAUCCCUCUCGGGGCAGCCGCCACAGCGGAGAUGACAGCCCGUCUCAUCCCCGGACGCCAGCCGCGAACCAUGAAGUCGCCCCCCAACCUAGCCACAAGUCUGUGGAGAUUCCCCAGUCUGCCGUGGUCUCGACGUCGAUAUACGAGCUCUUGUCGCGCUGCCCGGCCGACAUCCCCAAGAUGGCCAAAUACGAGUUCCUGAAUCGCCUUAGAACCAGCAAGGCUCUCUUGGGCGCGUCCGAGACUCGGCAACAAGCCCUUGCCGUGCGACUCUUGGCCAUCACAAAUCUGGCAUACAUCCAUGCCGAGCCCACUUUCAUCGAGAAGGUGCUCAAGCAAGACAACGAUGAGCCACGCCGAUAUCAGCUCGUCUAUCAGCUGGCAGAACUCAUCCACCCAUCCGCAGACGGCACCAAUUGCGUGCCCCUCUGGCUGCAGUCCAUCUCGUUGGGACUGCUGGAGGCCGUCUCUAACCUACCAGCCAAGUAUCCGGACGUCUUAUCGGCUCUCAAUGCGAAUGUGAAUCACGGCGUUCUCUUGUACGUCCUCAGAAAGGCUGUCGCGGGGAUGAGGGAAGACCCGGAGGACGAGGAUGAUGACAGGACUACGAAGGCCGACGAAUGGCGCAACAACCUGUUCUCGCUCACCCUGCAUAUGGCGAUGGGGUCCCGUGUGGGACAGGAGAUGAUUUCUGCGGGCCUGAUGGACAUCCUGGUUGAGAUCACCAACCUCCGGUCAAAGGUUGCAAGUCGAUACCACAGUAUGAUGCUCGCCCUUCUCGACGGCCUCAUCUAUGGCUACCAGGGAGCCUUCCAGUCGUUCAGCGGUGCUUCCGGCCUGGACAGCAUUGCCCAGCUGACCGUCGAUGCGGUGGCGGAAUCGAAGGCUCUCGCAGAGUCUGGCCACGGUACGAGGCCGGAACUCCAUUCUCAAGUUGUCGAUUACCGCAUACCUUUCUGCCAACAGCAGACUCUCAAGUGGCUCUUGAAGUUCCUUCACCACGUCAUGUCGAACUCGUAUUCCUACGGUGGCAACGCGGACCGGCUUCUGAGGAACCUGGUCGACAACUCGCAACUACUCGGCAGCAUUCGCCUCAUCAUCGAGAACAAGGAGCUGUUCGGCGCCGUUGUAUGGACAAAUGCCGUGACCCUUCUCAGCGACUUCCUCAACAACGAUCCCACGAGCUUCGCCGCCAUCUCCGAGUCGGGGAUGAUCAAGACCUUCCUCGAGACUCUAACGGGCCGAAGCGUGGCCGCAGAGCCAGCGCCGGAACAUGCGAGCGGCGAGAGGGCGGAUGACGAAGAUGCGGAGCCGAGUUCGCCUAUCGAUCCGGAUGAGUCUGUCACCUUUGAGCCCGACUUGAGGCCCCAUCCUCCAACCCAGGUCAUGCUCGAAACGCCCCGCGAUGGCCCUCUGGCAAACGGGAUACUUGCCUCCUCUGAGGCUAUGAGCAUCAUCCCCGUCGUCCUUAACUCCAUAUGCCUGAACAAUACCGGCAUGAAGACGGUCGCCUCAUCGCGCGCCUUGGAGAGCUAUCUAGAGAUUUUCGAGUCGCCCGAGCACAUUCGCUGCAUGGAGGCGGACCCGGAUCUACCCACCGCUAUCGGCAGCUGCUUUGACGAGCUUGCCCGUCAUCACCCGGCUCUGAGGCCUGCAAUCUCCAAUGCGAUGCUCGAUAUGAUCGCCAGGAUUGUCUUCAUGGCGCAGAACAAGGCCGUUACCGAGGGCUGGGGUGCUAAGCUCCUCAUCUCCGACCCGGAAGGAAAGUCGGUAACUGCUGAUGAGACCCUUCUGAACAAGUCUGGCUCUCUAGAUGCCUCGCGCAAGGGAAAAGGAAAGGCCCCGGUAGGCGACCUUGACGUCGAAAUGGCCGAUGUGAGCGAUCGCCCUGCGGAGAGCAGCACUUCGAAUGCUGCUGCUGCUGCUGCUGCCACUGGGGGAGGACUCUCGGCGGAAGCCUCUCCCGAGCAGGCUAUCACCCCCUAUAUCCGUGCCGUCUCCUCUUUCUUCGCUCACGUCAUGACCAAUUCGAGCCUAAAAUCCAGCUACAUCCGCCACGGCGGCAUCGAGCUGCUCCUCGAGCUGUCGGAAGCCCCCAGCCUCCCGCACGACUUUGGCGAGUCCACUGCCUCGCGGACUCUAUCACAGGUCGUAUCCCAGCUCGUAGAGUCGUCGCCCAUUAUCGGCUUGCCGUCGCUUCUCAACCGGCUUCAGGCUGCCAUUGACACACUCGAGCCGUUGGUCAAGAGGGAGGGAUCAUCUCCCUUUUUUGCACCAUUCUUAAUUCCCGACUUCUCCCUCGCGACCGAGGCGGGCGAAUGGGACCAUGGAGUUGUUCGGAAGGUCGAGGGGGGCACCCGAGUCAUCAAGGCCCUACUGAACGCCCAGAACCUCAUCAAGGUCCUGUACCAAAGCUUCCCGUACUCGUCCAGACAGGGCACCUCGACAUUGCCACUGGUCAACGUCUUCGACUACUAUAUCCGACUGAUCAAGUCCCUGGGUCCCCUGCUGCGCAACACCCUCUCCGAGGAGAUGUCCAUCGCAAACCUGGUGCCGCACCAUUGGUCCGGUCGGAAGCAGCCUGCCGCCAUCCAAGAAAGCGCCGACGAUUCGACCCAGUCCGCCGCCGCCGUGGCUUCCACUGGCGCAGCCGAGAAUGUUGACGGCGAGGAGGUCCGCCCGACGGGUGGCCUGUCAGACAGCGCCGUGCUGAGAGCCGGUGAGGAGAGCAUGUCUCAAACCAAGAAGCCAAGCGACGAAGAGCUGUCGUCGCCGCAGUACCUGAACUACCAAACCCUGCGAGUCCUUCUCCAUUCGCUCAUGCCGACAACCUUCCCAUUCUUCCAGACCAUCGGAAAGGCCCUGGUGCCGCGUCGAGAACGCGAUAAUUUCAUCCGGGCCCACCACAUGGCCAUAGCUGAGGCACUGGCCGAGACUAUCCUGGAGCAGUUGAAGCCCUCGGAGAAGGAGACAACUAUGAAAGACCUGCACUACUGGAUCGUCAUGUUGCACACCGUGCACGAGAUGCUGGUUGACCCGACCCGGCAGAGCGACCGGACAACGGUGCAGAUCAUCCUCCCAGUCCUGAUAGCCUUCAAGGAGCAGGGCGGCAUCGAGGCACUGAACACCAUGGUCCAGCAGUUUGCCGAUGACAUUUGCAAGGAUCCGGCCGACAGCGACGAAGAGUCCAAGGGGAAACUCGCCGCCAUUGGGAUGAAGAAGAUACUCGAUUUGUACGCCCUCGUCGUUCACGGGAGGAACAUUGUCGAUUCGAUGGGGCAGAUCAACCUGUACCCGCGGUCUGCCGACAGGCGGCCAGAUGUGCAGAUAGGGCCCCAGCUUGUCGUAGAGCUGCGCAUGGCCAUUCUGCCCGUCGUCAGCAAGCUCUGGGAGUCUCCACUCGUGGAGAAGUCUUCGGCCCAGGUCCUCAACAAGAUCGUCGACAUUCUGAAGACGAUAGCCGGGGCCGAUCAGGAGGCGUACGCACAGCGCAAGUCGGACCAGCCGGCCCCUCCGCUCAUCUUCAAGCGAGCACCGGUCCCCUUCAACUGGGCAGCAUUCGUGGACAUGACCAAGUCCCUGUCUCGCAAAUACGAGCCCGCCCUGGCUCAGGAGGCCGUGUACCGCGCCAACGGCAAGGCGGACGAUGCGACGGAAUACUGCCGCGCUCAUCAGGAGGACAUGGCUGGCAAACGCAACCCCAUCCCCGAGGAAGACGCGUUCAAGGACGUACCGACGCCCAAAUCCAGAUCGUCCAGCAGCCAAACCCCGGCCUUCCCUCUGCCCGAUCUCGGCAUUGCCCCGGAUCCGAUGGCCUUGGAUUCCCUCAUGCCCGAGGACUCCAUGCCCGAAAUCGACCGGUUGAUCGGCGAUGCCCUCGGGGAGGCCGUUCUCGAAGACUUGGAUGAUCGAUCGUCUGUUGACUCUGACGAGGAUAACGACGACGGAGAUCGCGCCAGCGAGCAUUCCGGGCCCAGCGCGCCAGCGUCGGGAGCCAUUGCUGCACCUGUAGAAGCCGGGUCCUCGUCCGGCACGGCUCCGGUGCCCGAAGGACGGAGCCAGGUCACCAAGGACGAACUAGAUGAGCAGCGUGCGAACCUGCGCAAGGACUUGAUUGAUCGUUGCCUCGAAGUUAUCCGGGCCCACCCAGAUUCCGUCUUUGAGGUGUCGGAGCUGAUCCAGACGUCGCUCCUGAAGCCAGAAAACGAGGAGAAGCGCGCAGAGGUUGGGGAUAUCCUCUCCAACGCCCUCUUGUCGUUUGCUAGUGACGAUGAGGACGUCAAGAAGUCGAAUGGCCCGAGCAUUGCGGCAUACGCCCAUCUACUCGCCCUUCUUCUCCAGGAUCGGUCCUUCUACAAGACGACCGUCAACACUCUCAAAGACAACAUGGACGAGUGUCUCAAGUUCCUUCGGCUGUCGCCAUCCAGCACCAGCGAGGAGCUGCCUCCCUGGAUCCCAUACGUCCUUCUUGUCUUUGAGAUCAUGCUCUCGGACGAUGAGCAACCCGUCGAGGUGCGCUGGAAAGUGCCUGCCAACGACGACGAGCCCUUCGAGGAACCCCGGUGGGAGGAGAGGGAGGCCAACCUGAGCCCCGAGGACCGCUCAUCACUGGUAGAAGCCGUUCUCGAUAUUCUGCCGCGCAUCGGCAAGGAGGGUCCCCUCGCCAUCUCUGUCCUCCGUAUCCUCGUCAUCCUCACCCGAGACCGGUCGGUUGCGAAGGCCCUCGGCGAGAGGAAGAACUUGCAGCGCUUGUUCGUCAUGGCCAAACAGUUGUGCGGCGCCGAGUCGGGCCAUCUCAAGGAUUCGAGGAUCUCCAGGAGCAUGCUGAUCAUCCUUCGACACAUCAUCGAAGACGAAGACACGAUUCGACAGCUCAUGCAUUCCGAGAUCCGCACCUACAUGGAGAGCACCCAGAGAGGUUCCCGGUCUCACGACAUUCCGAAUUAUCUCCGCCACCUCUCGCAUGUUGCCCUUCGAUCCCCCAAGUUGUUCAUCGAGGUGACCACGGAAAUGGUCAAGUUGACGCGUUGGGCGCCCCCUAACCCGGGCGACGGUCUUCCUCGUCAAGUGGCUCUAACCCUCAAGGAGCCGAACUCUCCUAUUCUUCCUCCCGCGGCGCCAAAUGACGCCUCUGUGGAACCCACAGUCCAGGCAACGGAAGAUCUCACGAUCAACGACGUGAAGCCAUCGACCGAAUCUGGCGACAAGGAGAUGGCGGGCGUGCCGAGGACUCCGGCUCAGGAACUCAAGCGGCCGAUCCUUGAGAACCCAGACGGCGUGAUUCACUUCCUCCUCUGCGAGCUGCUCAAUUAUAAGGAGGUAGACGAUAAGGAUACCUCGCAGCAGCCGGCUAAGGAGACCAAGCCUGGCGGCACCGACCCUUCGACGUCCUUGGCGUCGACCCCAGAGGCAACACCUGUGCCGAACCCGGAGGACAGCAAAGACAAGAAAGCUGCUAAGCCCGUCUUCAAGGCCGAGGAGCACCCCAUCUUCGUCUAUCGGUGCUUCCUCCUCCACUGCCUCGCAGAGCUUCUGCAGAGCUACAAUCGCACGAAGGUCGAGUUUAUCAACUUCAAGCGCAGCGCACCCGUGCAGACCAACACGCCGAUUAAGCCCCGUGCCAGCGUCCUGAACUACCUCCUGAACGACGUGCUCUGCCUGAGCAGCCUGAGCGCCGGUCUGGACAGCGUUGCACUGAAGAAGAAGGCCGCAACGGCCAACCAGGCUCACCUUGUCCUGGUAGCCCUGGUGACGAAGACCGGCGAGAAGCCCUUCGACCGCCGCCGAGGCGAGUUCGAGUACGAUGACGAGCCGGACCUGCUCUUUGUCCGGAGAUUCGUCCUGGAUACGGUCCUCAAGGCAUACAAGGACGCGGCGACGCCGGCCGAGCCCUUCGACAUCCGAUAUGCGAAGAUGCUGUGCCUCGCCGAACUCAUGAGCCAGAUGAUCGGCGAGAAAGAUAAGGACCCUCCGAACCCACGGGGCACCGACCCUGCAGCCAUCCGUUCGCAGAAGCAGCUUAAACGCCUAAUGUACGAGAAGGGCUAUCUCGCGGCGUUGACUGCCUCGAUUGCCGACAUCGACCUCACAUUCCCGAACGUCAAGCGAACCGUCAAGUACAUCUUGCGCGUUCUCCGCACACUCUCCAAGACAGCCAUCCAGCUUAGCCAGGCCGACCUCAUCACCUCUGCAGCGACAGACAACGCGGAGGACGAGAUUGCCUCGGCCUCCUCCCUCUCCGACAUGGACGACGAUCGCGAGGAGACUCCCGAUCUUUACCGAAACUCGACACUGGGCAUGCUCGAGCCUGGGCGGGAGGAAGAUGACUUCACGGAUGACUCGGAAGACGAUGACGAAGAGAUGUACGACGACGAAUACGGUGACGAAUUGGAUUACGGCGACGACAUGUCUGAGGAUCACGAUGAAAACGUCAGCGACGAGGACGAAGAGCUCGGCGAGAUGGGCGACAUCGAAGGUCUUCCUGGCGAUCCAAACGUUGUCGAAGUCAUCAUGGGCGAAGACGAAGAUGAUGAUGACGACGAUGACAUGGACGACGACGACGAUGAUGGCGACGAGCCAAGCGACGAAGAUGAUGAGGAGGACAUCGGUUCCGACGACAUGGAAGAUGUUGAGGAGCAGAUCGAGAUCUUCGAUGAAGAGGGCGAGCCUCUUGACGACGACGGAGCGUCCGACUGGGAGAGCGAUACCGACGAGGAAGGAGAACAAGGAGAUCUCAUCAGCUAUGGCGAUGAUGACGCGCAGGAUCUCGACGAGCAAGGAAUAGAUGACCAACUCGGCCAUUUCGGUAAUAUCAUGCGCGCUGCCGCAAUAGAUCACCAGGGCGAUAUCGACGGCGAAGACGUCGGAGAAUUUGGGGAGCCCUACAUCGACGAUGGUGGCGAGGAAGAUGAUGAAGAGGACGAGGAUGAAGAGAUCGAUGAGGAAGAGUACUACUACGAUCAAGAUUAUCCACGUGACGAACCUCCUCUUGCAAACAUGCCUGCCGGCCUUGGCUGGGACACUCUCGUGGUUGAUCACGGCGGCCACCACCGACAUCGACAUGGAGGCAUUCGAAGCCCGUUCCCUGGCGCCCCUUUCAUGAUCGGCGGACCCCGGGACCCUCUUGGCGGUAUGUCGCCCCGGCACGCACCGAUGCUUCCGGGCCGGAUUGCCGCAGCUCUUGACCAGACCCCACGUGAAGAUGCUGAGCAAGAUCCCCUCGUCAACUUCGACAAUGCGAUGCAAGAUUUGCUUGGUUCGCUGGUGGACGGACACGCUAACAUGAUGAACUUCCCCCCAGACUUCCGGAGUUACUUUAGGACUCCUCGCCCAGGCCCUACCUCUCACAACCCAGACGAUGGUCUCAACCCCCUUCUCCGCCGCGAUGCCGGCUCGGGCCGAGAGUCAUCACCCCGCCCAGGAAAUGCCAACCUCAUCCGACUUGGCUUCCCCGGCGCCCUGAUGGGUGCAGGGCCCUUGGCUCUCAUCAACGACCUGGUUGCCUCGCUACCCAACCAUGGGCGGCCUGGUCACGCCCUCCACUUCCAGAUCACGCAGCAGGGCCCGCGUGGCGAAGUUCGCGAGCUUCAUAUCCCAAUAGGCCACCCUCAACAAGGCCGCGAGUCCCGUUCCGAUCCUCGUCGUGAGAUCUACCAGGAGCCUCAACAGGCCGUCUCCUUCUCCCCCGUGUUGACGGUGGAGCGCUGGCAAGAAGAGGCUAGGAUGGUCUUUGGUUACAGCCACAACGAGAAGGCAUCCCGGCUGUUCAGCUUCAUCCUCGGCAAGCUCGCACCGGCUGCCGCCCAGCACGAGAAGGAGCUCAAGGCACGAGAGGAAGAGGAGAAGCGGAAGCGAGACGAGGAGCGCAAGAAGCGCGAGGAAGAGGAGCGCAAGCUGCAAGAGGCCAGAGAGGCCGAGGAGAAGGCCGUAAAGGAGAAGAAGGAGGCCGAAGAACGCGAGAAGGCCGAGCGCGAGGCUGCCGAGGCCGCUGCUGCUCAAGCCAGCCAACAAGCCGAGGCUCCCGAUGAGGAUGCGGAGGAAGAGCACGAGGGCCAAGCCAUGGAAGGCGUUGAAACCUCUGGUGGGGACGAGGACACCGGCGACGGCCCGAGCGAGCAGUUGCCACGAGUUGUCACCACUAUUAGGGGGGAGACGUUUGACGUUACCGAGCUCGGCAUCGACCCCGAAUACCUCGCAGCGCUCCCAGAGGAGUUCCGGGAAGAGGUCAUUGCCCAGGCCGUCACCACCCGACGAUCCCAGGCUCGGGAGGCGGCCGAUGCUCCCGGGGAGAACACGGAAGCCUUCCAGGAAUUCCUCGAGGCCCUGCCGGAGGAAUUGCGGCAAGAGAUCAUCCAGCAGGAGCGCCAGGAGCGCCGCCGUCGCGAACGUGAUGAACAACGCCGCCAGGCGGCUGCCGGAGGGCAUGACGUCGGCCCGCAAGACAUGGACCCUGCCAGCAUUCUGCUGACAUUCCCACCCGAUCUCCGGGAGCAGGUCCUCAGGGACCAAGGCGAAGAUAUCAUGGAACAUCUGCCUCCCGAGUUGGCUGCUGAAGCUCGAGCACUCGUGCAGCGACAGCAAAUCCACCGGGCUCCACCGACCUUGUCCCGGGCCGCUCGGGAGGCGCCACGCCAGUUUGAGGCGGGCGUCGCGGUCGACAACAAGCCCCAACGUCGCUCCAUUGUCCAGAUGCUCGACAAGCCCGGCGUUGCCACCCUGCUCCGCCUCAUGUUCGUCGCGCAGCAGGGAUCCAUCCGCAGCUACUUGUUCGACCUCUUCACACACGUCUGUGAGAACCGCCAGAACAGGCUCGAGGUCGUCAGCACCCUUCUGCAGAUCCUUCAGGAUGGGAGCACGGACAUGGAUGCCGUCGAACGGAGCUUCGGACAGCUAUCUCUGAAGGCUAGACAGCCCAAGGACAAGGAUCCCAAGACGCCUACCAGUAUCAGGCGGGCGUUCACAAGCAUUGGUACCAAUACCCACAUGCAGGGCAACUCGGAGGUCUCGCCUCUCCUCGUUGUCCAGCAGUGCCUGGAUCUCCUCGUCGAGCUCUCGGCGAAGAAUCUUCACAUCCCGUCCUUGUUCUUGACGGAGCACGAGUCCGUCGCCUCGACGCUGAAGCGUAGCCUCAGCCGGAAGGGCAAGGGGAAAGAUACCAACGUGAAGACCCAGAAAUACGCCAUCAACUCUCUGCUUGGUCUCCUGGAUCGCGGCCUGGUCAUGGAGAGCUCGGCGGUUAUGCAGUUGCUGGCUGAUCUACUGAACAAGGUCACCUUCCCUCUCCAGGCCCUUGAGCGUCGCCGCCGGGAGGCUGAAGAGGAAACCAAGAAGAAGGAGGCCGAGGGAGAAAAGGCCGACGAGGGGGCCAAGUCCACUGCCGAACCUGGCGAGCAAGCGUCCACUGCGGAGCAGGCAACAGAUCAUCAGAAUGCGGAUGCGACCGAGCAGCCAACCGCGACCGCGACCUCGGCUGCUGAUCAUCAGACCACGGAUGCCGGCCAGCCUGCCACUGGGGAGAGUUCGACAGCGACAGAGUCGAAGCCAGCCGAGGAGAAGAAGAUCCGGCAGCUGACGCCGCCCUUCAUCCCCGACCACAAUCUCAAGCUGGUCAUCAACAUAUUCGUGGCUCGGGAGUGCAGCUCUAAGACGUUCCAGAACACCAUCUCUACCAUCAAGAAUCUCUCCAACAUUCCCAAUGCCAAGAAGGUCUUUGGCGAGGAACUGGUUCGCCAGGCCCGCGUUCUUAGCGAGAACAUCGUCUCGGACCUCGACGACCUCCUUCCACACAUCCUGAAGGCGGAAACUGGCACGGAGAUCCAAGGUGUGGCGCUGGCCAAGUUCUCGCCCGGAGCGUCGGAGCAGAACAAGUUGCUUCGCGUACUCACGGCCCUCGACCACCUCUUCGACAACAAGUCCAAGAAGACGGGUGGCGCCCAUGACGAAUCCGUCAAAGAAGCGGCCAAGGAUGACCUUCUGGGGUCCUUGUACUGGAAUCCCACCUUCGGCACCAUGUGGGACAAGCUGAGCGCCUGUCUCAACGCGAUCCGGCAACGGGAAAACAUGCUGAAUGUGGCAACAAUUCUCCUGCCUCUGAUCGAGUCUCUCAUGGUUGUCUGCAAGAACACGACGGUCGGCGAUACUACGCUGUCGCAGACCGCAGCUGCGAAGGAGAUGCUGCUCUCGAGCCCGCCUCCCGAGAGUCGUAUGGCCGGUCUAUUCUUCACCUUCACCGAGGAGCACCGCCGAAUCCUCAACGAGUUAGUGCGGCACAAUCCCAAGCUCAUGUCGGGAACCUUCUCUCUCCUCGUCAAGAACCCCAAGGUGCUGGAGUUUGACAACAAGCGCAACUACUUCAACCGGAGCGUCCACUCCAAGACGGGACACCAGCAGACGCGGCCAGUCUUCCCGCCGCUCCAGCUGUCGGUCCGGCGCGAACACGUCUUCCACGACUCGUUCAAGUCUCUGUACUUCAAGUCGGGCGACGAGAUGAAGUUUGGAAAGCUCAACAUCCGCUUCCAUGGAGAAGAAGGAGUGGACGCCGGCGGCGUGACGCGAGAGUGGUUCCAAGUGCUGGCGAGACAGAUGUUCGAUCCCAACUACGCGCUUUUCAUCCCCGUGUCCUCGGACCGCACGACCUUCCAUCCCAACAAGCUCAGCGCUAUCAACGAUGAGCAUCUGAUGUUCUUCAAAUUCAUCGGCCGAAUCAUUGGCAAGGCCCUCUACGAAGGCCGGCUUCUCGACUGCUACUUCAGCCGCGCCGUCUACAAGCGCAUCCUCGGCAAGCCGGUUUCGGUCAAGGACAUGGAGUCGUUCGAUCCGGACUACUACAAGUCGCUCGUCUGGAUGCUCGAGAACGACAUCGCUGACAUCAUCACCGAGACCUUCUCCGUCGAGGACGAUGAGUUCGGAGUCACCAAGGUCGUGGAUCUCUGCGAGAACGGCCGCAACAUCCCGGUCACGGAAGAGAACAAGCACGACUACGUGCGCCUGGUGGUCGAGCACAAGCUGCUGUCCUCGGUGAAGGAUCAGAUGGAGAACUUCCUCAAGGGCUUCCACGACAUCAUCCCCGCCGAGCUCAUCGCCAUCUUCAACGAACAAGAGCUCGAGCUGCUGAUCUCGGGCCUGCCGGACAUUGACGUUGACGACUGGAAGAGCAAUACCGAGUACCACAACUACAAUGCCGCGUCCCAGCAGAUCCAGUGGUUCUGGCGAGCAGUCCGAUCAUUCGACAAGGAAGAACGCGCCAAGCUUCUGCAGUUCGUCACGGGCACCUCAAAGGUGCCCCUGAACGGCUUCAAGGAACUCGAGGGCAUGAACGGCAUCAGCCGGUUCAACAUCCAUCGCGACUAUGGCAACAAGGUGCGGCUGCCGAGCUCGCACACGUGCUUCAAUCAACUUGAUCUCCCCGAGUAUGAGAGUUACGAUAUCCUCCGCGACCGUCUCCUUAAGGCAAUAACGGCCGGAAGUGACUACUUCGGAUUCGCGUAA